UCACUAGGCAGCCCUUCCGUGGGAGGCUGGUUUGGUAGUCCUGCCGCGGGCUGCGGUUGCCUGCCGGGCUGCGGUGUUCACGCUAAGUUUCAGGCCGUGGGCCCAGCGGCUGCGCAGGAUGCGGCUGGGCUCCGGGGCCUUCGCUGCCAGCUGCGUAGCGAUCGAGGUGAUCGGGGUCGCGAUAUUUAUUCGGGGAUUUUUCCCGGCUCCUGUUCGUUCCUCUGUCAGACCAGAGCACGGUGCAGAAACUCCAGCGCCCGAGCCCGUAGCAGGAGCCAGUUCGAACCAGACCGAACUGCCACCGCCUCUCUUCAGUAAAGCAGUCAUUGUGGUGAUAGAUGCCUUAAGAGAUGACUUUGUGUUUGGGUCUAAAGGCGUGAAGUACAUGCCCUACACAACUUACCUGGUAGAAAAAGGAGCCUCUCAUAGUUUUGUGGCCGAGGCGAAGCCACCCACAGUUACUAUGCCUCGAAUCAAGGCAUUGAUGACAGGAAGUCUCCCUGGCUUUGUUGAUGUCAUCAGGAACCUCAAUUCUCCUGUGCUCCUAGAAGAUAAUGUGAUCAGACAGGCAAAAGCUGCUGGGAAAAGAAUAAUCUUUUAUGGAGAUGAAACAUGGGUUAAAUUAUUCCCAAAGCAUUUUGUGGAAUAUGAUGGGACAACGUCAUUCUUUGUGUCAGAUUAUAUAGAGGUGGAUAAUAAUGUCACAAGACAUUUGGAUAAAGUAUUAAAAAGAGGAGACUGGGAUGUGUUAAUCCUUCAUUAUCUAGGACUGGACCACAUUGGCCACAUUUCUGGGCCCCACAGCCCCCUGAUUGGUCAUAAGCUCAGCGAAAUGGACAGUAUCCUGAUGAAGAUUCACACUUCACUGCUAUCGAAGGAGAGAGAGAUUCUCCUACCCAGUUUGCUGGUGCUCUGUGGUGACCAUGGAAUGUCUGAGACAGGGAGCCACGGGGCCUCCUCCACAGAGGAAGUAAGCACACCUCUGAUCUUAAUCAGCUCUGCAUUUGAGAGGAAACCUGGGGAUAUUCGACACCCAAAGCACGUCCAGCAGACUGACUUGGCUGCCACACUAGCAAUAGGACUUGGUUUGCCGAUUCCUAAAGACAGUGUAGGAAGCCUCUUAUUCCCAGUUAUAGAAGGAAAACCGAUAAGAGAACAACUGAGAUUUUUACAUUUAAACACAUUACAGCUUAGCAAACUAUUGCAAGAAAAUGUACCAUCAUAUGAAAAAGAUCCUGGAUUUGAGCAAUUCAAAAUGGCAGAAAGGUUGCAUGGAAACUGGGUCAAAUUACAUUUGGAAGAAAACAAUUCAGACAUUCUCCUUGGCCUGGGGACCAAAGUCCUCAGGCAGUACCUGGGUGCCCUGAAGACCCUGAGUCUGUCCCUGAGCACACAAGUGGCUCACUAUGACAUCUACUCCAUGGUGGUGGGGGCUGUCGUGGUUUUGGAGGUUCUUGCCUUGUUCCUCCUGAGCACUCCACAUGUGCUGUGCAGAAAGGCUGAGCUGGAUGUUCCCUUGUUGUCUCCUGUGUCAUCUCUGCUCUUUUAUUUGAUCUUUUUGGUUCUUCUGGCCAUUCAUGUGCUGGUGUGCACCUCGUCUGUGAGCUCGAGCUCCCUCUGCAGCCUCCCGUGGCUGGCGGCAGCAGGCGUGAUGGCGCUUGUCUCUGCGCUGCUCUGUGUGAUGUUGUCUGCUCUUGUCAGGAUGGUCAUGGAUGGCACCCUGCUGAAGAAGAACGCAGCUCAUCCCAGCUCAGGGUGGUCAGAGGUGAACUGCCUCCUCUUUAUGGGCACAGUGGGCCAUGUUCUGAGCCUGGGCGCCAGCAGCUUUGUGGAGGAAGAGCACCAGACGUGGUAUUUCCUUGUUAAUACUCUGUGUCUGGCCCUGAGCCAGGAAACCUGUAGGAGUUACUUUGAGAGAGAUGACUGUGAAGCUCACCAUCACUUCCAUGUGGAGCAAGGCUGUGUGGACAUCCUUGCCUGCACUCUGCAGGACAGCACAGACUGCGGUACCCCUGAGCCUGACAGAGCAGGCAAAUGGGUAACCCCUUCUAAAGCACAAGGAAGCUGCAAACCAUGGGCAGUGCUGGCGGGUCCAUGGCUGGUGCUGAUCUGCUGCCGGCUCCUGCGGUCCUUGAACCAGACCGGGGUGCAGGGAGCCCAUCGGCCUGACCUUAGCCACUGGCUGACCAGCUCUGACCACAAAGUACAACUCUCAGGCCUGGCUGCCCUCUCCCUGGUUGUAAUCUUCAUGUUGGUGCACAGGGGGUGCUCCCUUGUGUCCAAGGUGGCCCUGGCACUGGGGCUGCUGGGAGUCUACUGCUAUAGGGCAGCCACUGGCCUUGUGCUGUUCCCAUGGCAACCAGAUAACAAGGCCAUCUCAAAGGGUAUUACUGAGGCUCGCUUUGUUUAUGUCUUUGUCCUUGGCACUCUGUUCACGGGCACCAAAGAUUUGCUUAAAGCACAAGUCACUGCAACAGACUUCAAAGCCAGGACUGCUGGCUUGUGGGAAAUACAUAGUGGGCUGGUUCUUCUGGCAGCACUGCUCUUGAGACCACAUAAUCUCCCAGUGUUAGCCUCCAGCCUCCUGAUUCAGACUGUGAUGACCAAGUCCAUCUGGAGGCCGCUGAGACACGAUGCAGCUGAGGUCACUGUAAUGCACUAUUGGUUUGGUCAAGCAUUCUUCUAUUUCCAGGGUAACUCCAACAACAUUGCCACCAUUGACGUCUCAGCAGGCUUUGUGGGCUUGGACACCUACAUGGAAGCCCCAGCUGCACUGCUCACAGUUUUCGGAACAUAUGUGGGGCCUGUGCUCUGGGCCAGCCACCUUGUUUACUUCCUGAGUUCAGAAGCGAGCAAUGGUUCAGCACUGAGCCGUGCUUGCUUCUGCUAUGCACUCGUUUGCUCUGUUCCAGUUGCCGCGUACAUUGUCCUGGUGACCUCUCUGCGCUAUCACUUGUUCAUAUGGAGUGUGUUUUCUCCAAAGCUUCUCUAUGAAGGCGUGCACCUGCUCGUCACGGCUGCCCUCUGCGCAGUAUUCACUGCCACCGACCAGACUCGCCACACAAGGCCUUAGGUGGGACAGACUCUUGGGGCUGGUCUACUCUUCAGUUACUG